AUGCUGGAAUCAUUAAUACGACAUGGUCUCUCGGGUGUUGUUGCCCUUGCUUGUAUCUUUAUCCUGACCAAGAGUGGUCGUAAAUUUGCUGCCCAUGUAUUCUUUGGAGGUAUACGCAAAAUGAUGUUACUUUUACCGCAUAAGACUCGUUGCAAUUUCAUCAAGAAAACUUUUGCUCUUCCAUUGGAUGAAGCUCGCCGCCGCUUUGAGAAAGACACCCAACCUUACGGCUAUCAAUGGGACGCCAUCGUCAAAGUGGAUAAACCAGAUGGUGUGCAAGGUCACUGGAUAACCCCCAAUGUUCAUAAACAAGGCGGUCUUCAAUGGGUCGAGAAAACUGCCAAUGAUGUCGAUUUGGUCAUCAUGCAUGUUCACGGUGGUGGAUUCAUGAGUGGACACUCGUUAAUGUAUACGCCGUCAUUUUUGUACAUGCUUGAACGAUUUGAAAAGGUGCAUGGUAUUCGAACUCGCAUCUUUAGCGCCGAGUAUCGUUAUUUCCCUGAAGUGAGUUGGCCCGUGUUUCGAGAGGACUGUGAAAAGGCUUAUGGAUACCUUAUGCAUGAGCUGCAAAUCCAUCCUUCCAAAGUCGUUAUUGGUGGUGAUAGUGCAGGAGGACACGUGGUAGCAACCAUGCUGUUGAGCAUUUUGGAUCAACAACAGCAAGCCUUGAAAGGCAUAACCGGAAAUGCAUCUUUACUCCCAAUGCCUAAAGGCGCGUUUAUGGUUUCACCAUGGGUACGAUUCGACACCUUUUCGCCAACAUUUACCACAAAUCUCGAUAAGGAUUGUUUGCCAUUUAAACCAAAUGAUCUCAACGGAUGGAUGAUCGCCGACUUUUAUAACAAGAGCCGUGAUGAGCAAGAUGCCCUGCUACGGAACCCCUAUGCAUCACCUUUAUAUGGUAAUUACAAUGGUGCAUGUCCAAUGCUUAUCACAUUAGGUGGUCGAGAAGUAUUGCUUCAUGAUAUUGAGGACUACAUUGGACGACUCAAGACACAAGGUAUCAAGUUGGAUGUCAUCAAACACGAAGAUGGGGUUCAUCUCUGGGCCAUUGAGAGAUUCUUGGCACAAGAUGAUCGAAUGUGGCAUGAAGGUGUGGAUAAGAUUAUCGAUUGGUGCGCUUCAACCGUUUGUCAAUAA